AUGAUCAAACGCAACAAGAUCAAGCGUGCGUUGGCUGAACAAGAAAUCUUGGCUACAAGCAACCACCCCUUCAUCGUCACUCUCUACCACUCCUUCCAGUCAGAGGACUAUCUUUAUCUGUGCAUGGAAUACUGCAGCGGUGGAGAGUUCUUCAGAACUCUCCAAACGCGACCUGGCAAGAGCAUUUCCGAGGAUGCUGCUCGGUUUUAUGCCGCUGAAGUCACUGCUGCUCUGGAGUAUCUUCAUCUUAUGGGUUUUAUUUACCGGGACCUGAAGCCGGAAAAUAUCCUGCUCCACCAAUCGGGCCAUAUCAUGCUUUCAGACUUCGAUUUGUCCAAGCAGUCUGGUCCCGGAGGGGCUCCUACCAUGAUCCCUGGACGUAUUGGUGGGAAUUCUACUGCGGCUUUGCCAACUAUCGACACGAAGUCUUGCAUUGCUGACUUCCGCACGAAUCCCUUCGUGGGAACGGAAGAGUACAUUGCACCCGAAGUCAUCAAGGGCUGUGGUCAUACUAGUGCUGUCGACUGGUGGACUUUGGGUAUCUUGAUCUAUGAGAUGCUUUAUGGCACUACCCCAUUCAAGGGCAAGAAUCGUAAUGCAACAUUCGCCAGUAUCCUACGAGAUGAAGUAUCAUUCCCUGAGCAUUCGGGCGCUCAGCAAACAUCCACGCUGUGCAAAUCCCUUAUCCGAAAGCUGCUGAUCAAAGACGAGACCAAGCGUCUCGGUGCUCGUGCUGGGGCGUCUGACGUGAAGACUCAUCCAUUCUUUCGAACAACCCAAUGGGCUCUCAUUCGUCACAUGACCCCUCCCAUGAUCCCACACCAGGGCCGUGCUGGAACCGACACGGUCAACUUCCGUAACGUCAAAGAAAGUGCCAGUGUGGAUAUUGGCGGUCCGCCUGAUGCCAAGAUGAAAGGGGUUCCUAUGGAUUCAGGCCUGGCAACCCCCAAUGGCGAACUGAAUGAUCCGUUUGAGGAAUUCAAUAGUGUCACCCUUCACCACGAAGGGGACCACUGA